UGCUAGGAUUACAGGCCCGCGCCACCAUGGCUCCAACCCCAGUUCUGAUACGAAAUUUCCAUAUGAUUUUCGAUAAAUCCCUUGACUUCUUCAGACCCUGAGAUUUUAUUAGUGUGAAAUGAGUCCCUAAGGUCUUAUCCAUUUCAAUUUGCCUAUGUAAUAUCAUGGUAGCUUAACAGAUACUUUCAUGAUGACAAUGAUGUCUACCUUUCCAAAAUAGCCACAUAAUAUAAGAAUGGUAGAUGAUAGGCAUUUUGAAGAAUUUAAGACUAAGGUGUUUAGUUAAUAGAGGAAUAACAUUAGAUAGGCAUUAUGUUACCAUUUAUUUUCCCGGAGUAGAGGAUAAUCAUUUAUGUCUAGUAGGAUAAUAAAUCUAGCUUUUCUCCUUUGGAAGUUAAGUGUGGGGUGACUUUCAUUUAUCUCACAUUUCCUGGAAAGUGAGUUCAUUUGAAAUCAUGGUUUUGCUACUUAGCCUGUUAUCUUGCUUUGCUUUUUUUUUUUGGUUUUCAUUUUUUUCUGAUACCAGGAAUAGAUCUCACAACCUUGCGCUUGCCAGGCAGGUGCUGUGCUGCUGAGCUAAAUCCCCAGCUCCUUAGCCUGUUAUCUUGGGAAGCUGUUUUUCUCUCUGCCUUACUUUCUUCAUUCAUAAAACAGGGCUAAUAUAAGAUUAUUGUAGGGAACAAUCCAAAGUAUGCAACUGCAUUUUGAACAAGUGAAAACUCUGGAUAAGUCAGCAUUAUUAUGUACUAAGCACAAGAGUGAGCAGACCUGAUUCGUUCCUCUCCUUAAAGAGCUCAUGGUUAGGAAUUUUUAAACAAAUGACUAUACAGUAUCUCAGUGUUUCAAGUUCUGUAACAAGUUCUGUCAAUAUGUGGCAUAGGAGCAGAGAGGGAAUGGAAUAGAGGUAGGAUAUGCUUCUUGAGGAUAGUUUGAGUCUGAUGCAUAUGAAGAGAAUACACCAUUAGGAACAUUUGGGGUAAUGAAGCAGCCAGAGGCAGCAUGGGGAAGGUAGUUUCUGGCUGGGAAAAAAAAAAUGGUUAGGAGAAAAACACCAUCAUCACUUAAUACCAGAUUUAAGGCUUAUCCCAGACAUACACAAUCAAAAUUUGUAUUUUAAUGGGAUCCUCAAGUGGUUCCUACGGAACAUUAAACUGUGAGAACUACUAAGCUAUAGGAUAGACUCUGGAGCCAAACUGCUUAGAUUCAGAUCCUGGCUUUACCAUUUACUUAUGUGUGACCUUAGGCAACCUAUUAAACUUCUUAUGCCUCAGUUGCCUUGUUUGUAAUUAGGGAUAAUAAUAGUUUCUACCUCCUAAAGUGGUUUUAAGGACUGAGUUAUUAUGUGAAAUGCUUAAAACACUACUUGGCACCUAGUAAAUACAAGAUUAACUAUGGUAAUUCAUCAUAUUUCUUAUGGUAGGAGUCAGUUUUUAUAAGCCGUCUUUUCAUUUCUACUCUAUUAUUUGUCAUUCUGAUAUUCCUUGUAAAGGACACUUGAUGGUCAGAAGACCAGAGGUUAUAUAACCCAGCUAUAUGACACUGGGUGAGUUACUGAACAUCUGGGUUUUGCUUUCAUAGUAUGGGGGACCUUAAUUAUAUGUGGCUCAUCAAGAUAGUGCAAAGCUCAAAUUAAAUAAUGUAUGUUAUUACAAAAUCUUCUAUUAAGAUUUCAUUUUCUAUUUUAACACGUUCUUAAGCAACUGGCCUCAAGAUAGGAUGCACUGGAAGAUCAAGGAGGGCAGGCAGGAAACUUAAAUACCAUUAUUUUCUCUUCCAAACCUACAGCGCUGUUCCAGAACAUGAACAUAAUCAGUGAUUUAUAUAAUGGUUCCUGACUUACAAAGGACUUUUUUCUACGUUGUGUACCACAACAUCUCCAUAGGAUAUAUUAUUCCUUAACAGGGUAGUAUUUUUCUUUUCUUUGAGGGCCUCGGGAUAGAAACCAAGGCCUCAGGCAUGCUCCAGUCCUCUUUGAAGAAGGAAACUACAUCUGGUAAUAGAAUGUACAUCAAAACCUCCUUUGGCUCGAGAAUUACUAAUAAAAGGAAAUUUGGAGGGAGGUCAAACACAAAAUCUGAUGGAAUCUUCAACAUUAGGCACUACCUUUGAAUCCUAAUAUAUAGGGCCCCUUCUCUGAAAGAUAAGAGCGACAAGACCUGCACAACAUUGUGCGAUUAAACAAGAACAAAGGCUGAGGGUGAGCCUACCACGCCGUAGUGCCUCAAAUAAAUCCCUUCCUCUUGCCUUUGGCAGACAUAGCACGAGCUAUCACCGUCAUCUGCACUUCACAUGUGCAGGAACCCGAAGUUGAGAACGCUAAGGUUCUCUUUCUCCAUUUGAAACUCCGUAAUCCCGAGUUCAGGUAUGGGUAACUCCAUUGUCAAUUCUCGGGGUGUAUUAUUUCUCUUCUAGUUGUUGUUUGAGUGGUUGCAGACCGUUGAUAACGGCCGCUACAACUUUGACGAAUCCGAUCCUACGCCGUAAGUGCGCUUCAGCGACAAGCCGGACUUUUUCUAUUCCUAACCUCACUGGAAUAAAGGUCGCCGCGAAAUGCAAACUCCAGCUGCUGCCGCCAUUUUGGCCGCGACGUGCGACGCUACGCGUAGCAGAGAGCACCGCUGAUUGGCUAGGGCACGGCAGCAGGGGAGAGGCGCGCGAAGCCAGAAACCAGAGUAUGCUGGAGAAGCCAAAGGAACUACAAUCCCAGCCUUCCUUGCGCGUGCGACAGCAAACCUGAAGUGAAAGACGGCGGUUUGCGUUGGACUACAACUCCUAGCAGCCCCAUGCGAUACCGGCCCUUUCCUUUCAAAAAGCGGAGGACAAGCUCUUUGGGGCUACCAAACGUAAGCAGCAAUGCCUGUGGUGUGGCCAACCCUUUUGGAUCUCAGCAGAGAUGAAUGCAAAAGGAUUCUUCGAAAACUGGAAUUGGAGGCAUAUGCUGGAGUUAUCACUGCACUUCGGGCACAGGGGGAUCUCACCAAGGAAAAGAAAGAUCUUCUUGGAGAGCUCUCAAAAGUUCUUAGCAUCUCAACAGAACGCCACCGUGCUGAAGUUCGGAGAGCAGUAAACGAUGAACGGUUAACAACAAUUGCACAUAAAAUGAAUUUAUCCUUAUAUUUGGGUGAAAGACCAAGUUACAGUAUGUCUGGACCUAAUAGCUCUUCAGAAUGGUCCAUUGAAGGUCGUCGAUUGGUACCACUGAUGCCCCGGCUAGUUCCCCAAACAGCCUUCACUGUAACAGCUAAUGCUGUUGCCAAUGCAGCUAUCCAGCACAAUGCAUCUCUUCCAGUGCCUGCAGAAACAGGAAGCAAAGAAGUAGUGGUUUGCUAUUCCUACACAAGUACCACGUCAACCCCAACCUCUACCCCUGUUCCAAGUGGCAGCAUAGCAACGGUUAAGUCUCCAAGACCUGCCAGUCCUGCCUCCAAUGUAGUUGUCUUGCCAAGUGGAAGUACUGUUUAUGUCAAAAGUGUUAGCUGUUCAGAUGAAGAUGAAAAACCCAGAAAACGAAGGCGAACAAACUCUUCUAGCUCCUCUCCUGUUGUGCUAAAGGAAGUUCCAAAGGCCGUUGUUCCAGUUUCAAAGACGAUCACUGUGCCUGUGAGUGGCAGUCCCAAGAUGAGCAACAUCAUGCAGAGCAUUGCCAACUCCUUACCACCCCACAUGUCUCCUGUGAAAAUAACCUUUACCAAACCUUCAACACAGACAACAAACACAACAACACAGAAGGUUAUUAUAGUGACCACAUCACCAAGUUCUACCUUCGUACCCAACAUUCUCUCCAAAUCCCAUAACUAUGCAGCGGUCACUAAGCUUGUACCAACAUCAGUCAUUGCUUCCACAACUCAGAAGCCACCAGUUGUUAUAACUGCUUCACAGUCUUCUCUGGUCAGUAGUAGCAGCAGUGGCAGCAGCAGUGCUACAUCAUCACCUAUUCCUAGUACAGUUGCGGUAACAGCUGUUGUAUCCUCCACACCAUCUGUGGUCAUGUCAACCGUAGCACAAGGUGUAUCUACAUCAGCAAUCAAAAUGGCAACAACAAGACUUCCUUCCCCCAAAAGCUUAGUGAGUACCCCGACCCAGAUUCUUGCACAGUUUCCUAAACAGCAUCAACAAUCUCCUAAGCAGCAGUUACAUCAAGUGCAACAACAGACACAGCCUUCUGUGGCUCAGCCUUCUCUAGUAUCUCAUCAGCAACAGCCUCAGCAGUCUUCUUUGCCACCUGGUAUCAAACCUACCAUCCAAAUCAAACAAGAGUCAGGUGUUAAAAUCAUCACACAACAGGUUCAACCAAGUAAAAUCUUACCCAAACCAGUGACUGCAACUCUGCCCACCAGUAGCAAUUCCCCUAUUAUGGUAGUUAGCAGUAAUGGUGCAAUUAUGACAACUAAACUGGUGACCACUCCUACUGGCACACAGGCAACCUAUACCCGGCCAACAGUGAGCCCAUCCAUAGGUCGGAUGGCUGCAACCCCUGGAGCUGCAACCUAUGUGAAAACUACCAGUGGUAGCAUCAUUACAGUAGUACCAAAAUCAUUAGCUACCUUGGGGGGCAAGAUAAUUAGCAGUAAUAUAGUUUCUGGAACAACUACCAAAAUCACUACAAUCCCAAUGAGUUCCAAGCCCAAUGUGAUUGUUGUGCAAAAGACUACAGGAAAAGGAACAACCAUUCAAGGCCUCCCAGGCAAAAAUGUUGUCACAACAUUGCUAAAUGCUGGAGGAGAGAAGACUAUUCAGACAGUGCCAACAGGAGCAAAGCCAGCUAUAAUCACUGCUACAAGACCUAUCACCAAAAUGAUUGUAACUCAGCCAAAAGGAAUAGGUUCCACAGUUCAACCAGCAGCUAAAAUCAUCCCAACAAAAAUUGUUUAUGGGCAACAAGGGAAAACACAGGUUCUUAUUAAACCCAAACCAGUGACAUUUCAGGCCACAGUUGUUAGUGAACAGACAAGACAGCUGGUAACAGAAACAUUACAGCAAGCAUCCAGGGUAGCAGAGGCUGGUAAUUCAUCUGUUCAGGAAGGAAAAGAAGAACCACAGAGUUAUACAGAUAGUAGUUCCUCUUCCACAGAGUCCUCCCAGAGUUCCCAAGAUUCCCAGCCUGUAGUUCAUGUAAUUGCUUCCCGGCGUCAGGAUUGGUCAGAACAUGAGAUUGCAAUGGAGACUAGCCCCACCAUAAUAUAUCAGGAUGUAUCCAGUGAAUCACAAUCAGCUACUUCAACAAUCAAAGCUCUGUUAGAACUCCAACAGACAACAGUAAAGGAAAAAUUGGAAUCUAAACCGAGACAACCUACUAUUGACUUGAGUCAAAUGGCAGUGCCUAUUCAGAUGACCCAGGAAAAGAGACAUUCUCCUGAGAGUCCAUCGAUUGCUGUAGUAGAAUCAGAACUAGUUGCUGAAUACAUCACUACUGAACGCACUGAUGAGGGGACAGAGGUUGCUUUUCCCCUUCUAGAUGCUGUGGCGAUUUCUGGAGAAAUAUCAUCAUCACCUCCUCUAUUUUCAGUCAGCCAUCGCUCCCAGCCCCAACAACCUUCUCAGCCCCAGCGGACCUUGCUCCAACAUGUGGCUCAGUCACAGACCGCAACACAAACUUCAGUGGUGGUGAAGUCCAUCCCAGCGUCCUCCCCUGGAGCAAUCACCCAUAUCAUGCAGCAGGCAUUAAGCAGUCACACUGCUUUUACCAAACACAGCGAGGAACUUGGAACUGAAGAGGGCGAGGUUGAAGAGAUGGACACUUUAGACCCUCAGACAGGUCUGUUUUACCGAUCUGCCCUGACUCAGUCACAGUCAGCUAAACAGCAAAAACUUAGCCAGCCCCAGCUGGAACAGACUCAGCUGCAAGUGAAAACUCUGCAGUGCUUCCAGACUAAACAGAAGCAGACCAUCCACCUGCAGGCAGACCAGCUCCAGCACAAACUCCCGCAAAUGCCCCAGCUUUCCAUCAGGCAUCAAAAACUCACCCCUCUCCAGCAAGAACAAGCACAGCUUAAGCCAGAUGUACAGCACACACAGCAUCCCAUGGUGGCCAAAGACAGGCAGCUUCCUACCUUAAUGGCACAGCCCCCGCAAACUGUAGUACAGGUGCUUGCAGUGAAAACUACGCAGCAGCUCCCCAAGCUGCAGCAGGCUCCGAACCAACCAAAAAUCUACGUGCAACCCCAGCCCCCCCAGGGCCAAAUGUCGCUCCCUGCCUCAUCAGAGAAACAGCCGGCAAGCCAGGUGGAGCAGCCAAUUAUAACCCAAGGAUCCUCUGUUACAAAGAUAACUUUUGAGGGGCGCCAGCCUCCCACAGUUACAAAGAUAACUGGUGGCAGUUCUGUGCCUAAGCUGACAUCACCAGUUACAAGCAUAUCUCCCAUUCAGGCCUCUGAGAAGACAGCAGUUUCAGACAUUUUGAAAAUGUCUUUGAUGGAAGCUCAGAUUGAUACAAAUGUAGAGCAUAUGGUAGUGGAUCCCCCAAAGAAGGCUCUUGCCACUAGUAUGCUCACUGGUGACACAGGAUCAUUACCCUCUACCCACAUGGUGGUGGCAGGGGUUGCGAAUUCCACUCCUCAGCAACAGAAAUGUAGAGAGUCCUGUUCAAAUCCAUCUGCUGUUGGCCCUCCCCUAACGACCAGGAAAAUCGAUGUACCAGGAGUGCCUACAACAGGCCAGUUCAUGCGUAUUCAGAAUGUAGGCCAAAAGAAAGCUGAAGAGAACCCAGCAGAAAUUAUCAUCCAGGCCAUUCCCCAGUAUGCUAUUCCUUGUCACUCCAGCUCCAAUGUGGUUGUGGAGCCCAGUGGGCUUCUUGAGUUAAACAACUUCACCAGUCAACAGCUGGAUGAUGAUGAGACAGCAAUGGAGCAGGACAUAGACAGUAGCACGGAGGAUGGAACUGAGCCCAGCCCCUCUCAGAGUUCUGCCGAGCGGUCUUAGUGUUUUGGAUACAGGAGUGCACUUUAAAACCUGCUUGGUUACCAAGUGUCCAGGGAAACUCUUGAAUUCUAAUGUCAAAAAAAGAAAAAAGAAAAAAAAAAAAAAAAAAGCACUUUGCCCGUACUUAAGCUAUGGACCCUGAAACAGCAAUAUUUCAGUAAGAUAUUGCUGCAGGAGUAGCAUUUUAACAAACUAAAACUCACAGGGGAAUGUACUUUUUUAAAAAAAAUUUUAAAAAGGGGGAAAAAAAAAAAGAAGAUGCACAUCUACAGAGAUUCAAGAUCUGAUACUCUUCCUCUGUUGGACCAUGGCCAGUGGAAAAGUUUUAUUUUGCAGUGGAAAGAGACUUUUCCUGUGAAUGUUUCCCAACUGGUUUCCAUUGAGCAAAUUGCCAUCACAAAGUACCAUCAAAAAAGGAGAAUGUGAAUAGUUUGUAUUUUGAAAUGAUGUGUCAUGAACAGUUUUUAAAAAUCUUGUGUUUUUGCAAAUCCCUGGAAGUGUUGAACUGGUUAACAUUUUAUGUUUGCUCAGUUGAUAAUUAGUUUAUAAAUAUCUAGGAAAAUACUGGCAUUAAAGAAACCUUUUUGGAUGGCAGAAAACAGAUCCAUAACCAGUAGGAAUUACUUUUUGGGUGGCUUGUACAUUCUCAUUGGUUGUAUGCUAAUUUAUUGUGUUUUCUCUUUGUGCUCUAGGCGGCACACUUACCUUCUAUUUAUUUAAGUGUAAACAUUUCAAAGCAGGCCAUUGUCCUUCUGACACAUUUCUUAUAAACUAGGAUUGUAUCCCCUUCCACCUCCCAUCCUUCCUCCAGUCCCCUUCAAGAAAACUUAUUAGAAAAUGUAUUAUUAUAGAGGAAAAAAUUUUUUUUCUGGCCCAAAGGAAAUGUUCAUUUACAUUAAGGAAAACAAAUUAUUCAUUCACGUGAUGAUGUUUUAAUGUUGAAAUUGCACAUUCAUGUGGGACUGAGACUUUAAAAUAAUUUUUACAUACUUUUGUUUAAACCCCUUUGAAAUGUAUAAAAAAGUUGAUUUUCAGUUCUAAAUGUAAUGUUUUUACCCUUUUUUAGGACACAGUUUGUUUAAUCAGUAUGUUUUGGUCUUGUGAUUACUGUCUGUCACAAGUGAGGGGUAAUGAGGUGGGAGGGUAAGAGUUUUGAAGUUGUGGCAAAGGAAACUAUACUUUUCAUUUUUAAAACUGUAAAUAGAAAAGUUUGUAACGGUUUUAUAUAGAUUUCACUAUAAAUAAGCAUUUUAAGACUGACAAAUGUUGAAUUGUACAUACAUAUAUCAGCAUAACUGCCCAAUUAUUUGGUGCUGAAGUACUGUAAGUAGAAUUCAUCAAGUCUCCAAUUUUUGCAUCUAUCUGGGAAAAAAAAAGCUGUGAUACUAUGGUUAAUAAAUUCCCACUAAAGUAAUACUGAAGAUUUCAACACAAGCAUUCAUAAGAUGCACUGGUCUCUGGUAGUUGUAACUUUCUAUACUGGGUGAUAGUGAUUUACCCAUAGAUGGAGCUGUUGGGUAUCAUUUCAUUGUACAAAUUCAUGUUUUAAAAACUUCUGACUUUAUUUCCAGUUAAGUACUUUUUUAACUUCUCGUAGGUCAUAGAAUCCUAUGAACAUUCACCAAAAAGGUACACAUGCCAAUGUACAUGUUACAUUUCACAUACAAUAUACAGUUUUAGGGAUCUAUGGGCCACUAAGGCUAUCCAUGUAUUCCAGGUUAAGCUCGCUGUUAUGAUCAAUCCAUUACUUACAGUUGGAAGUUUUUAUAAAAUAAAGUAUCUUUUAAAUAUUCAUGGAUCAGGUAACAAGAACAAACUUAAAUAAAGUUAUGUUCUGCAUAUUCUAACAGCAUAGCAUACUUGUGUCCCUUUUAAGAAUUAGGACAUAUCUCAGUAUGUUCAACAACUGGAAUGGCAAGUGAAACUGCAUACAUAUAUAAAUAAGAGUUUUAAAAAUACUUUAAAAGUGCUAAUUUCAAAUACUGCAUGAAUUCAUCAACAAAUAUUAAUUAGGCCCCUUUUUAGUCCCAGACACUGUUCUAAGCACAGAGGAUACCAUAGUGAACAAACACCAAAUCCUACCUUUAUGGUGUUUAUAAACAGGAGGGAUCAAGGGAAAAGGAAACAAAAAUGAUUGUUAGGCUUCUCAGCUCAAUGAGUUAAUGGUAAGGCCAUCUGUAUAUCUUCAGACAUCUAUUUACUAAAAGUGUUAGCGUUGUAUCUAUUGGCAUUUUCAUGUUAAAGUCCAUAAAAUUAAUUUUAAGUUAUCUCUGUGAUGGUUAAGUCAUCUCUGUGAAUUAUAUUCAGACUGUAGUGCAGUUUUGUAAAAUUGUUAGAAUUUUGUUAAUCCAUGGUAAGAAUUCGUUUGGUUUAAAGUAAACUUUAGUAAGUACCUAGUA